UCUUUUUUUUUCUUUCUCGACUUCAACUCACUCCACUCCAACUCCUCUUCCAUCUAUCGCCAUGUUUGCUGCCCUUCGUCAACCUCUUGCUCGCGCUUCUGCUGCGAAGCCUCUCACUCGUGCCUUCUCUGUUUACAGCCCUUCCUUGAAUGCUGUUGCCCCUACUUCUCCCAAGCUUGAGUAUCUCUUGACAGAGACCCGUGGACGCGUCGCCCUCGUCACUCUUCACCGCCCCAAGGCUCUGAACGCGCUUUGCAACGGCCUCUUUGUGGAGCUUAACCAGGUCUUAAGGGAGUUUGAUGAUAAUAAGGAUAUUGGUGCUAUUGUCCUUACUGGAAGUGAGCGUGCCUUUGCUGCUGGCGCUGACAUCAAGGAGAUGAAGGAUAGAAAAUUCAUUGAGAACUACAGCGAGGAUUUCCUUGGUCACUGGACCCAGAUCACCAAGAUUCGCAAGCCAAUCAUUGCUGCUGUUAAUGGUUUUGCUCUUGGCGGUGGAUGUGAGUUGGCCAUGAUGUGUGAUAUCAUCUAUGCUGGUGACAAGGCCGUUUUCGGCCAGCCCGAGAUCAAGCUCGGAACCAUCCCUGGUGCUGGCGGCACGCAGCGUUUGGUCAAGGCUGUUGGCAAGUCCAAAGCUAUGGAGAUGUGCUUGACAGGCUCCGUCAAUUUGACAGCUGCUGAGGCGGAGCGUGCCGGAUUGGUGAGCAAAGUGCUCCCAGCCGAUCAAGUCAUUGAUGAAGCUCUUAAGACCGCCGAAACAAUUGCUAGCCUGUCGCAGCCUAUUGUGCAGAUGGUCAAGGAUGCGAUCAACCAAUCUUUUGAGGUUCCUUUGGCGGCUGGUUUGACCUUCGAGAGGAGAUUGUUCCACUCAACUUUCGCCUCUAAUGAUCAGAAGGAGGGUAUGGCUGCCUUUGCUGAGAAGAGAAAGGCCAAGUUCACCCACAACUAAGAGAUUUUAGGGGUUAAAUUGUAAAUAAAAGUAAAGGGUGUUCCCUCUACUUGUUCACUAC